AUGGCUGAUACCAACCCGCGCGUCCAGACCUCCACAGACCACCUCGCUCGAGCUACUAGGUCCAAGUACGGCCAUGUCCUCGAUGACAUCACGCAUAUAACCAGCCACAACACUAACCAUGCGGACGUAAAGAUUGAGAACUUCAUCGGAUAUUCGACCGUGCCCAUGGGUCUUGCCGGUCCACUGCGAAUCCACGGCAUAGACGGAUACAAUAACGAUACAUACGCACCCAUGGCUACCACCGAAGCUGCCUUAAUAGCCAGCUGUUGCCGCGGAUGUAAGGCAAUUAAUCAGAGCGGCGGCGUAAAGUUCCACGUCUUCGACGAUGGCAUGUCCCGGGCCCCGGUAUUCCGAUUCCCUGGCCCAGAUGAUGGGAUUGCUUUCGUUCAGCGACUGCCCGAGCUGCAGCCCGCGAUUAUCGAGCAGGCAGAGUCCACCAGCCGUCACGCGCGCGUGAAGAAAUUAACACCGCAUGUCAUGGGGUCGGAGGUACACCUCCAUUUCGACUACACCUGCGGCGACGCCGCGGGCCAAAAUAUGGUGACCAUCGCUACUCAGUGGGUAUGCGAGUGGCUGAUGGAGCCAGCCCGGCGCAGGGAGCUCAGGAUCCUGGAUUAUCAGGUCGAAGGGAACAUGAGCUCGGACAAAAAGCCAUCCUCGGGAAAUGUGACGACCCCUCGCGGCGUCCGAGUAAUGGCGUGGGCGUCGAUAUCCGAGACAGCCUGUUGCGAUGUCUUCGGCUGCCCGGCAGAGUCUCUCUACGUCGCAUACAGACGAAUGGAGGCUGCUACUAUCCGGAACGGUCUGCAUGGAAGUAACGUCAAUACGGCCAAUGUGCUCGCCGCUAUUUUUAUUGCGGCUGGACAGGACGCCGGCAGUGUAGCGGAAGCCUCCUGGAGCCAUACAGCGCUGGAGUAUGACCGUCCGAAUCAGUGUCUGAAGGCCUCUGUUUACUUUCCAUCGCUCCCAGUUGGCGUGGUCGGAGGAGGCACAUCAUAUCCAACCCAGCAAGAGGCACUCCGGAUCAUGAAGUGUACGGGAUCCGGAGGAAAGCGUCGCCUGGCUGGUAUCAUUGCUUCCUUUGCCCUGGCGCUCGAUAUGAGUACACUUGCUGCCAUUGGGAGCAACACCUUCUCACAGGCGCAUCAGCUCUUGGCACGUCGGCCUCCGGUGGACAGAUAUGCUGGAGUCAAGUUGUAG